ACUGUUUGGUUCUUGAGAAAGCGACGGAAGAAAAAGAAAAAAAAAAAAAAAGGAAAAAUGGCGGGAAGAUUGAGCAAUGUAGCUUCGCGGAUCAUGGGCGGAAACGGCAUCGUUUCACGCUCCGUCGCCUCCUCUCUUCUCCUUCGAUCUGGCAUGGGUCUCCCUGUGGGUAAACACAUUGUGCCCGACAAACCCCUUCCUGUAAAUGACGAGCUAAUUUGGGACAAUGGAACCGCAUUUCCAGAGCCUUGUAUUGAUCGAAUCGCUGAUACUGUCGGAAAGUAUGAGGCAUUGGCUUGGAUGUGUGGAGGUUUGAGCUUCUUUGCAUCGUUGGGAUUAUUAGCUUGGUGGAAUGAUAAAGCCUCUACCAUUCCAUUCUUUUCGCGGUGUUUUUGAUAUGUUUCAAAUUGGGAAAGAGUAGGAAUGUGGGAUACUGAUCGAAUCCAAUGGUAUCACGGUGUCACUCUGUUGUCUGCUUAGAAAAAUUGAACAUCAUGUCAAGUGAGUGAUGAUCAUAGAAUAAGGGAUCUGUUAUCUGAAUCAUAUUAACUACCCACUUCAGAAUGGAAGAUAUUUCUUUGUAGAGGACUCUAGCCUUUUUUCAACAUUCGUUUAGAGUUGAGAGAAAGAACUUUGCACGGGCUUACUGUGUAAGGCCCACAUCUUUGGAUUUUCCUUGCUUCCGACUAAUAUUGGGAAUGUAAUCAGAAAUGUCAUUUCCCUGUUUAAUAUGUUGAAUUGUUGAUACGAGCCCUAGCCUUGGAAGCUAGGGUGGCUGUCUGCCUCAUUGUUCCGCCUGCUGGAGUUUUAUAUUCAUCUCAUAUUAAGUUAGCAAAGUUGACAAUGUGUUUCGGGGUUUGCAAGAAGCCCUUGCAGGAUAGCUUCCAUCUGUGUGUUAGAGGAUGCAAAGGCGCUACCAUGUUACCUGCAUGGGUAUCUGAAAUGGAUUGUUUGAUAAUUUCUAUAUGUAGAUGUGCUAAGGGUUCUAAGGACAAUGAGGAUAAAACAGUUGAAUAUGAGCUUUCUGGAGAGAUGUUCAGCAUUACAUUACUCUGAUCCAUCUGAUAAAACAUGGGAAACCACUGCUUGCUUGUGCAGUUAGAUAUCAUGUUUUCUCUUCUUUUCUUUUUUUUCCCUAAUAUUUUGUUUUCCUAAUACUCCAAAUGCUGUCGUUGAAAGAUGACAGUGAGAAAUUUAAACAAUAAUGUUUGUACCUACUAGCAGGGUAGCAGUCUUAGUCCUCCAUUCGUUUAGUGAUCUCUGCUUUGGAAGAUUCCUUUCCUUUUUAUUUUGUAUGGCAUUUAAUUUCUUUUUUCACUAAUGCAUCAAUCAACAUUUUAUGUAGGGAGUCAUUAGUAGCCAACAAAGAAGCUGGAGAGAAUUAUGUGUGAUCUAUAUUUCAUGAAUUUGGUUUAAAAUUAUUGUUGCUUGCAAGAAUUUAGUUUGUCAUACUUAAAGUUACGCUACUUGCUGGUAUACAU